UUAGGUCUGUUGGUUGGUCGCUUGUAUCACUGUGUGACGGACUAGAGCAUGCUGUGCAGAGUCGGAUAUGUUCGGAGGUGCGCUGCAACCUUCAACCCCCUCUUAGGUGCUGUGACCUCCAGACAGAAGCACGCUCUCCCUGACCUCACAUAUGACUAUGGUGCACUUGAGCCUCACAUCUGUGCUGAGAUUAUGCAGCUUCAUCACAGCAAGCACCAUGCAACAUAUGUCAACAACCUCAAUGUCACAGAGGAGAAAUAUCAAGAGGCUCUGGCCAAGGGUGAUGUGACAACCCAAGUCUCCCUUCAGCCUGCAUUGAAAUUUAAUGGAGGUGGUCAUAUUAAUCAUACCAUAUUCUGGACAAAUCUGUCACCCAAUGGCGGUGGAGAACCACAGGGUGAGCUGUUGGAGGCCAUAAAGCGUGACUUUGGCUCAUUUCAGAAGAUGAAAGAGAAGAUAUCAGCUGCCACCGUGGCUGUUCAGGGCUCAGGCUGGGGCUGGCUGGGCUUUGAAAAGGAGAGCGGAAGAUUGAGGAUUGCAGCGUGUGCUAACCAAGACCCUUUGCAAGGGACCACAGGUCUCAUCCCACUGCUUGGGAUAGAUGUCUGGGAACAUGCGUACUAUCUCCAGUACAAGAAUGUUAGACCGGACUAUGUUAAAGCCAUCUGGAAUGUUGUAAACUGGGAGAAUGUCAGCGAGCGUUUCCAAGCUGCCAAGAAAUAAAUAAAUUGCACCACACUUGGGAGAGAAAAGAGAGCAACUGAGUGUCUAUUUUGUACUUUCGAAGCGCACAAUUAAUCAGACCACGAUACAGCUAUCAAACAAAACUGAGGCUAUUGUUUUUGACAAGCUAUAAUCCAUACAGAACUGUGCACUGUAAUGCGUAGUUUGCAUUGAGUUAUUGAUGUACGAUAAUGCUUUCAGUGUAUUCAAAUUAAAAGGUUAUUUGAACAGUC